ACCGCACACAGCCACACAGCUUACUCAUCCUCAUCAAGCAGCACAGCGUCAGUGCUAAGCAGCAUCAGUGAUCUAGCUCGGACAGACACAGUGCAGGUGAAAUGGCUCGGUUGAUCGGUGCUUCCGGCGCCUGCGCGCUGCUGGUCGUCCUGCUCGCGGCGUGCGCCGCGUCCGCCGCGCGCACCGAGCCGGGUGCCGCGCGGCAGCUGUGGGACGACGGGAGGAAGGUGGGGGGAAGGACGGAGGUGAGGGACGUGGAGGACGACAAGGAGGUACAGGAGCUGGGCCGUUACUCCGUCGAAGAACACAACCGGCGACGGGAGGAGGGCUGCGAGGGCGGCGGCGUCUGCGGGCGGCUGGAGUUCGCCCGCGUGGUGUCGGCGCAGCGCCAGGUGGUCUCCGGGAUCAAGUACUACCUCCGCGUCGCGGCCGCCGAGGAGAACGGCGCGGGGAGCAACGUCGUCAGCGACGGCCGCGUGUUCGACGCCGUGGUGGUCGUCAAGCCCUGGCUCCAGUCCCGCGCGCUCGUCAGAUUCGCGCCGGCCGACGCCAAAUGAGCAGCUGCACAAGCGAUCGGAGGAGAACCGCUGCGUGUCUUUUUUGCGCGACAGAGUACGUAAUGUAAGCUCGAAUAACGGUGUGUGAGGUACUGAGGUAGGGUUGAGCGCCAGAGUAUGUAGGCUGUACGAUGCGGCGGUCGAAGUUUUGUAAGUCUACCGGAUAAAAAGUUUUGCAAGAAAGAUGAGAGUGUCGAAAUAAAUACUUACUAGUAUGAUAAGACUGUUUUUUCCCCA